CAACUCCUCUAUAUAGUAUAACCUAUAAUCUGCUAACCAUGACUAGAGGCAUGACACCAACAAACGCAAAGUUAGUAGUCAUCUCACUGAUUUGGGCUAUUCUGGUGUUGGAAAGUGCAACAGUGUCAAGUGCAGUAGAAGAUUUGGUGGUGGAACAGUGCAAGCACGACUGCAAACAUGAUAUCCACAACAGGAAAGAGUGUGAAGAUAGGUGCAAUGAACAGAUGAUGAUGGAGAUGGAGAAAGAGACAAGUGGACGACAAGAAGAAGAACCCAAUCCCUUCUGCGAUGCAUUUUGCAAACCCUUUGAAGGACUCUAUCAACAAUGCAUGGCCGUUUGCCCUCGCACCAAGUCCAUAGGAGGAGAUGGGGUUGCUAACGGGGAGUUGCAGGCAUACUGCAACAGAAAAUGCCCAUCUUACAUUGGACCAGAGGCCUACAAAAAAUGCAUGUCCGGAUGCUUCACGUCCAACGAGGAAGUCUGCGAGACAUCGUGCAGUAUUCUUCAAGAGGAACCGCUCACUAUAAGGUGCAUGAGGAUUUGCCAUGAGAGAAUUCCCGGAGCUGUUGCUUCUUCUACUUAAUGUUUAAAAUCUUUUAAGAAGGGAUUUCUAAGGAAUAAGUGUGUGUGUUUUUGGUGUAAGAAUCCAAAUUAAAAUAAGGGAUAUUUAACAUUUUAGUUUGAAA